UAAAUAAAUCUCCCCUUUGGUUUCUGUGUUUAUUUUUUGGUCGAUGAAAUCCGGGUUUAUAUUGGUUCUUUACAAAUCUUGAAGCAUUUCUUAGCCAGUUCAUCUCACUAGCCAUAACACCAGUGCCAAGAGAAGACCAAUGGUCAAAGACACUGCAUAUUAUGAUAUAUUGGGUGUCAAUGUUGAAGCAUCCGCAGCCGAAAUCAAGAAGGCUUAUUACCUCAAAGCAAGGCUAGUUCACCCUGAUAAAAAUCCUGGAGAUCCAAAAGCCGCUGAAAAUUUUCAGGCACUUGGUGAAGCAUAUCAGGUUCUAAGUGAUCCUGAAAAGCGUGAAGCCUAUGACAAGCAUGGGAAGGCAGGAGUACAACCGGACGCCAUGUUGGAUCCUUCAGCUGUCUUUGGGAUGCUUUUUGGAAGUGAAUUCUUUGAAGAAUAUGUUGGCCAACUAGCACUGGCUUCUUUGUCGUCUGUGGAAAUUGAAGAUGAUUCACUAGAUAAGGAAGCUCGUAUGCAGAAAAUUCAGGAGAAGAUGAAGGCACUUCAGAAAGAAAGGGAAGAAAAGCUCAUCACAAUACUGAAAAAUCGCCUUCAGCCAUUUGUUGAAGGUCAAACUGAUGAGUUCAUUAGAUGGGCAAAUUUAGAAGCACGGCGACUUUCAAAAGCCGCUUUCGGUGAGGCUAUGCUACAUACCAUUGGAUACAUUUACACAAGGAAAGCUGCGAGGGAACUUGGAAAAGACAAGCGGUUUAUGAAGGUACCCUUUUUAGCAGAAUGGGUCCGAGAUAAAGGCCACCGUAUAAAAUCACAAGUUAUGGCAGCUUCAGGUGCUGUUAGUUUAAUUCAAAUACAAGAUGAGCUGAAGAAAGCUCACGAAGGAGAAAACAAAGAAGAGAACAUACUGAAAACCCUUGAAGAUAAGAAGGAUGCCAUGCUUCAAUCCCUUUGGCAGAUCAAUGUGGUUGAUAUUGAGUCAACUUUAUCUCAUGUCUGCUUAGCAGUACUUAGAGACCCUAGUGUAUCCAAGGAUGUUCUAGUUUUACGGGCAAAAGGACUGAAAAAACUUGGAGCAAUUUUUCAAGGAGCAAAAGCUGCUUAUAGUAGAGAAAACAGCCUGCGCCGUGAAAGUGACAUAGCAAUAAGUGUUGGUUCCUCCUCAUAGUCAUCUUGAUACUCGAUGGAUGCCCACUUGGUUUUUGAUGUAUAUGGUGUGUUGGAAGUAAUUGGGUUUUACUUUUGUCCAAUGUCUUGAAUGCUUGAAAAGUAUGUUCAUCACUGAUGGUAUUGAUUCAACAGCAUAUUGAAUUUUAGACAAGAAUAGGAAUCUUUGUGUAUUUAUUACUGCAGGAUUAGUUUCAUUGUCGUAGUAGACUGUAUAUGCCAAUUUGUUAUAGAAUCAAUGGUAAUGAAGCUGUGUUGAAAGCAGCCAGUAACUUUUUCUGAUGCUUA